AGAAGGAGAAUGGCAUCCCAUGGAUUGAAGUUGUCAGAUUUGUACACUCCACUGACUGAUGAUGAACUUGAUGGCAUUGUCGCAGACAUCCACAGGCAUAAUCCCAGAGCAGGGAUUAGGAUGAUCCAUGGUCUUCUUAAAUCACAGGGUGUACAUUUGCAAACCUAUCGUGUGCAAAACUCACUGCGACGAGUGGAUCCUGAGGGUGCCCUAGCACGGCAAAUAUCCAUGCAUGUGUUGAGGCGCAGGCAGUAUGCAGUCCCUGCUCCAAACAGUUUAUGGCACAUUGAUGGAAACCACAAACUAAUAAGACAGCGGAUCGUGAUACAUGCAGGAGUGGAUGGAUUCAGCAGGCUUAUUGUUUACAUUGAUGCAGCUACAAACAACAAAUCCACGACUGUUCUGGACAGUUUCAUGUCGGCUGUUGCUCAGUAUGGCUUACCAUCCCGUGUAAGGUCUGAUAAGGGUGGGGAAAAUGUUGCUGUUGCCCAUUACAUGGUGAGCCAUCUAGGAACAGGCAGGCAGUCCCACAUCACUGGACGCAGUGUGCAUAACCAAAGAAUCGAAAGAUUAUGGAGAGAUGUGUAUGGAAAUGUCCUCGACUUGUUCCAUACACUCUUUCGCAAUUUGGAAUUGGAAGGGUUUCUAAAUCCUGACAAUGAACUAGAGUUGUUUGCUCUCCACUGGAUCUAUGUUCCACAGCUUCAGCAGCACCUUCAGGCAUUCAAGGAUGCCUGGAAUCACCACAGCUUGAGGACAGAGAGAGGGCAGUCCCCCAUGCAGCUGUGGCUUAGUCAGACACGUGAGGGAAAUAAUGCUGAUCCACUUCAGGUUGCUGAUGAUUACGGCGUAGACUGGACAGGACCUCACAACCCAUACCCAGACGGUGUCACUGUACCGUACUGUACGUUCCUUUUUCUGCAGCACUGCAGGCAUACAUGGAUACAGUGA